AUGGUGACCACGGAACCUUUUUAUGGGCUGCCACGGUCCCAAGCUUCGAAAGAUUGCGAGACCGAUACCGCGUCAGCCCGAUUCGCUUUGCUUUUGAGGCAUGCCGCAACCGCUCUGCGUGAUCCUACUCGCGCCGACUCCGUUGCAGCUGUGGGAGAACUGACGGGGACGUUGGCGCUCCAACGCAUGCAUCAGGCCAUGAAAGGUGAUCCCGUCGGUAGACAAAUUCUGAAAGACCGUCCAAUUGUCUCGAAAGCUAGUAUACCGUACGAACGGUUGAUUGAUGAAGCCAAAACUGCUGAUUUAUCGGCCGAUACGGUGACGUUUGGUCAGGCCUACGGCAUUUUUUUGAAAACCCAUGACUUUGAUCCGGACGGACGGGAUAAGGUUCGUUACGUUGAGGACGAAGAAUUGGCGUACGUCAUGCUUCGGUACCGUCAAUGCCACGAUUUCUGGCACGCCUUGACGCAGCUACCACCGACCGUCGUGGGCGAGCUUGGCUUGAAGUGGUUGGAGCUGUUUCAGACCGGCCUACCGCUAGCAGCGUUUGCGAGUACUGUAGGCUCUUUUCAGUUGAGUCAGCAGGAGCAGCAAAUACUGUGGAUCCAUUAUUUGCCUUGGGCAAAACGAAUAGGGCGGCAGCUUCCCUACUGUGCUUUGAUGAACGUGUAUUACGAAACAGAGUGGGACACUCCCUUGAACAAGUUACGAAAAAGACUCCAUAUCGAGCAGGCUCCAGAAAUACCAAGCGUAGAUCAAAAUUAG